UUGUAAUGAAAAAUUACUCUGAAAAAAAUUGUUCAUCUCUCAACUAGGAGAAGUUCGUGAAUAAUUUUUGGUUUCCUAGGAUUGGGAUUCCAUACCUCCUGCCUCAAUAGUCACUCGGCCUAGCACCCUCAUCGCAUUACUAUCUAUCAUUGUCUCCGAUCUUCCAUUAACACAUCUUAUGAAUAUCCUAGAUGCUUCAGUUAAGGGUUUGAAUUGAAACAGACUCGAAUUUCCGCAAUGAAUUAUAUAAUUGGAGCUUUUAAGCCGGCAUGCAGCAUUACCAUUUCAUUAGCUGAUGGGAAAUCUCGAAAGCAGGUAGCACUGAAGAAGGAGAAUGGUAAAACAGUGCUAAUCCCCGUCUUUCAUAAUCAAGAAACCAUAUCUGGGAAGAUCUCCAUCGAACCGAUUUCAGGGAAGAAGGUGGAACACAAUGGUAUCAAGGUCGAGCUGCUUGGUCAGAUUGAAAUGUAUUUUGACAGAGGCAACUUUUAUGACUUCACUUCCCUAGUUCGCGAGCUGGAUAUUCCUGGAGAAAUAUAUGAGAGGAAAACAUUUCCCUUUGAAUUUCCAACUGUGGAGAUGCCAUACGAAACAUAUAAUGGGGCAAAUGUGCGGCUUAGGUAUGUCCUAAAAGUCUCAAUAAGUAGGAAUUAUGGUGGGAGCAUAGUGGAAUACCAAGACUUCGUGGUUCGGAACGAUAGUCCUCCUCCGUCUAUCAACAACAGCAUUAAGAUGGAAGUUGGGAUUGAGGAUUGCCUGCAUAUUGAGUUUGAAUACAACAAGAGCAAGUACCAUCUGAAAGAUGUCAUUGUAGGCAAAAUAUAUUUUCUUCUGGUAAGAAUCAAGAUUAAAAACAUGGAUCUUGAGAUCAGACGCAGAGAAUCAACAGGAUCAGGGACAAACACUCAUGUUGAGACUGAGACACUUGCGAAGUUUGAACUGAUGGAUGGUGCUCCAGUCAGAGGUGAAUCUAUUCCUGUCAGACUGUUCUUAAGCCCGUAUGAGCUAGCUCCCACAUAUUUGAAUAUAAACAACAAAUUUAGUGUGAAAUACUAUCUGAACCUCGUCCUUGUCGAUGAAGAGGACCGUCGAUAUUUUAAGCAACAAGAGAUCACAAUGUACCGACUUAGUGAAACCUCUUGAUUACUGAUAAAAUUUUGAAGAUUGACUGCCUCUUGUUGCUUCGUUGAGUCAUGUUACCCGAGGAGGCUCAGGUAGUGAUCCAGUCUUCUUGUAAAGGACAAGAAUGACUUUUGUCUUUAUUUAUUUAUUUUUUAAAUUUCUUUUAGUUAUCAGGUAGUCUAUCUCUGAGCAAAAUACAUUAAGUUGUAUAGAGGAGGGAUUCUGUAUAUGGAGUAUUGUGCUGAUAUCUGAUUGAUGUUUUGAGACGGU